CGGCGGGGUCACGUGAGCGGCGCGAGGCAGGGGGCGACUUCCGGGAGAGAAACGGGACCGAACUGGGACAAACUGGGACUGAACUGGGCCAGGAUCCCGGUCGCCGUUUGGGAGUCCCGGUGCUGUCCCGGUGCCGUGCCGCUGUCCCGGUUUCCCGAUGCCGCUGCCGGUGGCGCUGCAGUCCCGUCUGGCCAAGCGGGGACUGCUAAAGCACGUGGAGCCCGAGCCCGAGGAGGAGAUCAUCGCUGAGGACUACGACGAUGCCCACGUGGACUAUGAGGCCUCGCGGCUCGAGGGGCUGAUGCCGCCCUGGUACAAGGUCAUCGACCCCACCUGCGGGCUGCCCUACUACUGGAACGUGGACACCGACCUGGUGUCGUGGCUGCCCCCCGGCGACCCCGGCGCCGCCCCCGCCCGCGCCGCCCGCAGGAACAAGGGGGGCACAGAGGCUGAGGAGCCCCCCGAGAAGGAGGAGGCGCCGCGGGAGCGCCGCGGGCACCGGCGCGAGGAGCUGGCACCGUACCCCAAGGGCAAGAGAGGCGGGCGCAAGGACGAGGAGCUGGACCCGAUGGACCCCAGCGCCUACUCAGACGCGCCGCGGGGCUCGUGGUCCACGGGGCUGCCGAAGCGCAACGAGGCCAAGACGGGCGCGGACACGACGGCGGCGGGACCCCUGUUCCAGCAGCGGCCGUACCCCAGCCCCGGAGCCGUGCUGCGCGCCAACGCCGAGGCCUCGCGCGCCAAGGACUGAGCCCACGGGGCCGGAACGGGGGGCUGGAACGGGACACCGAAACGGGACCCCAAAAUGGGACCCCAAAACGGGACCCCGGAACGGGAUCCUGAAACGGGAUCCCAAAACGGCACCCCGGAACGGGAUCCCAAAACGGCACCCCAGAACGGCACCCUGGAACGGGACCCCGGAACGGGAUCCUGGAACGGGACCCCAAAACGGGGCCCCGGAAUGGGACCCCAGAACGGCACCCCAAAACAGGACCCCAAAACAGGACCCUGAAUCGGGAUCCCAAAACAGGACCCCAAAACGGCACCCCGGAACGGGACCCCGGAACGGGAUCCCAAAACGGCACCCCGGAACGGGACCCCGGAACGGGAUCCCAAAACAGGACCCCAAAACGGGACCCUGAAAUGGGAUCCCAAAACGGGACCCCAGAACGGGACCCUGAAAUGGGACCCCGAAAUGGCACCCCGAAACGGGACCCCAGAACAGCACCCCAAAACAGGACCCCGAAACGGGACCCCAAAACACGACCCCAGAACGGGACCCCGGAACGGGACCCGAAACGGGAUCCCAAAACGGGGCCCCGGAACGGGAUCCCGAAAUGGGACCUGAAACGAGAUCCCAAAACGGGACCCCGAAACGGCACCCAGAAACAGCACCCCAAAACACGACCCCAGAACGGGACCCCGAAUGGCACCCCGGAAUGGGACCCCAAAACAGGACCCCGAAACAACACCCCAAAACGGCACCCCAGAACGGGACCCCGGAAUGGGACCCGAAACGGGAUCCCAAAACGGCACCCCGGAAUGGCACCCCAGAACGGGACCCUGAAUGGCACCCCGGAACAGGACCCCGAAACGGCACCCCAAAACAGGACCCCAAAACGGGACCCUGAAACGGGAUCCCAAAACAGGACCCCGGAACGGGACCCCGGAACAGGAUCCCAAAAUGGGACCCGAAACAGGAUCCCAAAACGGGACCCCGAAACGGCACCCAGAAACAGCACCCCAAAACACGACCCCGGAACGGGACCCCAGAACGGCACCCCAAAACAGGACCCCAAAACGGGACCCUGGAACGGGACCCCAAAACGGGACCCUGAAACGGGACCCUGAAACGGGAUCCCAAAACAGGACCCCGGAACGGCACCCCGGAACGGGACCCCAAAUGGCACCCCGGAAUGGGACCCCAGAACGGCACCCCAAAACGGGACCCCAAAACAGGACCCCAAAACGGCACCCCGGAACGGGACCCUGAAACGGGAUCCCAAAACAGGACCCCAGAAUGGCACCCCGGAACAGCACCCCAAAACAGGACCCCAAAACAGGACCCUGGAACGGGCCCCGGAACGGGAUCCCAAAACGGGACCCUGAAAUGGGACCCCGAAAUGGCGCCCCGAAACGGGAACUUCAAAAAUGGGAAACCUCAAAAGGGGGAACCUCAAAACCGAGAACCCCAAAAUUCGCAACCCCAAAACCCGGGAACCCUAAAACCUGGAAACCCCAAAACUCGGGAACCCCAAAAUGGGAACUUGAAAACCAGGGAAUCCAAAAAUGGGACUCCAAAAAUGGGAACUUCAAAAACGGGACUCCAAAAACAGGAAACCUCAAAACUGAGAACCCCAAAACUCGCAACCCCAAAACCCGGGAACUCCAAAAUGGGGAACCCAAAAACGGGGAACCCAAAAUGAGAUCCUGAAAUGGGACCCCGAAAUGGGGAACCCGAAAUGGGAACUUCAAAAACGGGACUCCAAAAACGGGAAACCUCAAAACUGAGAACCCCAAAACUUGCAACCACAAAACCCGGGAACCCUAAAACCUGGAAAUCCCAAAACCUGGGAACCCCAAAACUCGGGAACCCCAAAACGGGGAACCCCAAACGUGGCCACCCCAAAACCAGCAACCCCAAAUCCGGGGAACCCCAAAACCAGGGACCCCUCAGCACCCCCCGUUUCUCAGGGGUUCCCCCAAAGUUCCGGGGAGCCCCCCAGGCUCAGGGGGACCCCCAAAGUUCAGGGUCCCCCCAAAACCCCCCCAGACCCUCCAAUGUUGGGGUGCCCCAGUUUUGGGGUCCCCCCACUCCCCGUUCCUGCAAUAAAGGCGUCGCAGCCCCGGGA